CCCAAGUAUCCGCUCGCAGUACGAACGCCGUGAGUCGUGAUUUCGGUCCUCAAGGCUCAAGCGGCACCGCCGAAAUAUGUAAUCUCUACGCAAACAUAUCUUGCAACAGCCUCACCCACGGACCCAAGACUGCCACCAUGGGCGACUGGGACUUCGUCUGUGCACUCUGUGCUGCUCCUUUUUCUGCCGCGUCCUUUGAACACGAACCCGAGGAGGACGAUGGUAUCGAUCGCUAUCUUCUUCCCAAGGCAGCCAUUGAAUGGCUCAAACGCCUAUGCGUCGUUGCCGAGAACGAGGCGUCUGUCGGGAUUGGCCGAUGCUACAUAUCCGGCCCUGGCAGGGCAGACACGUACGGCUGGGUUUGCGUAGAGCCUGGCGAUCAUCCCAAUGCACCAGCCUCGGAAAACGGCAUCAUGGACAUCAGCGUUUACUACGACUACUCCGACGAUUCGACGGGCGCGAUUCCGGUGCACAUCAAUUGCCUCGAUAUCCUGAAGAAGGUCCUCAAGCGAGAUGGGUACGAUCUCGACGCCGACACCUUGUACGCGUUGUUUCUGGAUGCGCACGAAGACGGGAAACGCUGCCUUAACUUCGAUUACUACGACUUCAACGGCCUGGACGGCCAGGACUUUCGCUUAAGGGCCAAGCAGGAGGCCUUCGUCUGCGACCCUACUGACGUUCAUCAAUUGCCGGAUUACCUGAAUAACCUUCCGGCCAUCAAACCCUCCGAUUCUCCCUCUCCCUCCAAAAGCAACACUUCCGUCUCUCAAAGCCAAGAUCCCUUCUCUGCACUUCCCACCGAGCUCAUCCUCAUUAUCAAGCUCUACAUCCCCCGCGAGGCCUUCAUUCCCUUCCUUCUCGCUGUUCCUGCAGCCAGCCGCAUCGAGCUCACCAAUUCCUUCUUCCUCGCCCGUAUCGCCGUCGACAUGCCGUGGGCCUGGGAGGUCCUUUCGCCUCCUCCCUUCAAACGCACCGACGUCGACUGGCGCGCCGUCUACACCCACCUCUACACCGAGUCCAGCGCCUCGCGUACCAACGCGCUCCCCGGCCUCGCGAACCGCCGCCGCAUCUGGGAUGUGUGCAGCAAGCAGGCGGCGCCCAUCUACAAGCGCCGCGCGAACGAGGAGCGAAAGGCGUCGGAGCAGGGGAGCGUGCCGGAGGAGGUGAAGGCUAGGGCGAGGUGCGCUCACAUGCCGCAUGUGCUGUCGCCGGCGCCGACGAAGGCGGCAGGAUUGACGGUGUGGCUGCCGGUGGUGGCUGGUGCACCUGGGGCGUACAGGUUGGUGGAGGGAGAGAAGAAGAUCAAGCUAUACUGGACGGCGAUGGGUAUUCUGUCUGGCAUCGCGUUUGAGAUCGGGGAGCAGACGGUGCUCUUCGGCCCGGACCAGGAGCCUGAGAUGAAGGUCGACGAGUGCGUGCUGAGGGCGGGUGACUGGAUUGACGGGUUCGAAUUCAGCAUCAAGAAACCUGAAGACGGGAGUGACGAUGGAAAGGAGGAGGGCGUCAGAAGGUCGAACCGGGGCAGCGCGAGCAACAGGCGCGAAAACGGCUUAGCGAUCAUGGGUAUCAUCGUGCGCAGGCUCGUCGCAGAGCCGGUUGUGUUCGGCGACAUGGGUGGCCACCGGAGGCUGAGCGUCGUGCAGGAGGGGCACACGCUCGUCGGGCUGCGCGGGGAGGCGUCCGAUGGGAUGAUCUCGCGUGUGGGCUUACUUGAGCUCCCGGAGCUGCUGGACCCGCAGAGGAGGCCUGCGCCAGAUGCGUCGGUGUGCAAGUUGUUGUGGGCAAAGGAGGUCCCCAACCCCCUACUCGCAUGCCACCCCUCAGAAUUCGGGUAUUGGAGCGUCCUAGAGACACAUGAUAUGGUGCCCUUCUACCCUCUUUACUUCGGACGGACAGAGGGCGAGCUGGCUUCGCUCACUGGGAUCGCCGUGGGGAGUAAUCUGCUCGGGAUCACGGUGUAUCACGACGGGAAGGUAUCGGGGUCGGCAGGAAAAAUGGAGGUCGAUUUCUCGAAGUACUUCCCAAUCGACGGCAAGGGCGACGAACGUGUUAUCGGGUUUGCGUUGACCAUGGGUCCGUUGGUGGACGGGUUCAAGAUCAUGACGAAUCGCGGACGACAAGCGAUAUUUGGUCGAACGGAGAUGGUUGCGGACUAUGUUACGUCAACGACGGCAGACCCUUGCGGGUUGGCAGGCCUAUAUUGCAGCUAUGGGUUCAAGGACAAGGAUCACACUUUGCUCUCGUCUGUAUCCGUUCUCAAAUGCCCCGGGUCCAGCGAGACCGCCGACUUCAAUUACUUCGUGCGCGACCAGUGUAUCUGGGAACCUACCCCACCGCCCUCUACGUGGCACCCAUCGACUCCAGCCUUCGGCCCGCCUCCGAACAAUGACCAGGCGACCUUCCUCGACUUUUCGAAGCCGGUGAAAGAGAUAAGCGGCUUGCUCGCUGCGCCGGAUUGGCUCGACGUCGUUGAGCUGGGCGGAUUCGUCAUUCGUUACGCGGACGAUAGCGAGGUUCACGUUGGCCUGCCCUCCACAAUAUGGGCACGGCUCGAUGAGAACAAGCCCUUGAAGGAGCUGCCGCGCCAUCAGCAUAUGGCGACCUCGUUGGGCCCGAUGAAGCCGCCCGAGCUGCCUGCGCAUGCGAAGGACGACGAUGAGGUGCGGAAGCAAAAUGCGGGCGGUGCUGUUUGGCGCCUGGGCGGAGAGGGCGAGCGCAUUGCAAAGGUGAUGGUAUGGGUGUUGUGGUGAGAGGGUGCGCGCAGGGACGUGGUUAGACGUCGAGAGGGUGGGUGCGUGUGAACAAGGCGUAGGGUCGUUUGCCUCGCAAACGCAUGCCCUCCACCGCUGUAUUCCACGUAUUUAUACUAAAGUACAAUGUAACUAGAAAAUUCGCCUUAUUAAGCAAUCUUACUAAGCGCCUUAGUCAGCUCCUUCGAGGGCUGGCGAGUCGCUUCCAGCAGCUCC